AUGAACAAAUGGGUGAAGAAGUGGCUUCAAGUUUACUUGAAAUGUUUCAUUAAUCUAAUAUUGUACUAUAGAAAUGUAUAUCCUAGGACAACCUUUGACUUAACUACAUUUCAAGGAUUUAAUCUACCGCAACAUCUACCUAUAAAUAGAAACAGCACACUUCAGAAUUAUAUCGAAGAAUUAAUAUCUGAUAUAAUUGGUAAAUUAAACCACAUAUAUAGAGUGGGGAUUUGUGUUAUCGAUACAAAAAAUGAUUAUUGUAUUGAAAAAUAUGUGUUAGAUUUUGGAGAAUUCAAACAUUAUUCAGAUAAAAGUGAAGAAGAUAAAAAAUCUUCAUUACUUCGUGAAACAGAUAUAUUUGAUGAAUUUAGGUCAAGUUUGAACAGUCUUCAAUCCAAACUAGAAAAAAUGGACGCUAUUAAAGAUGAAGCUGUCACUUUUGAAGUUGUAAUAAAUACUUUGGAAAUGAAUUUAGGUCACGGUGUUGUUGAUACUAUCACGAACAAAGAAGUUGAUCAAACAUCGCAGUUCGAAAGAGAUACGAAUUGGACUAAAAUGAAGGAAGAUGAAAAUCUACCUGAUGUAAGGCCUAAAGAAUUUUCAAGGCUGGAAGAUGACGGUAUUGUAGUAAGUCAACCCGAGCAUAUUUCCCAAUUUCAGAAACCAAAAAUUAGAAUGACUUCUUUAAUUGGUUGUGAUAUAAAUCCUUUUAUCAUUCAUAGUUAUAUAGAACAACUAAUUUUACCUGAAGGGUCGUCUGAAAAUGCUUACUUAGACAAAUCUAUUGUAUCAUCACUUUAG